AUGCAUAUUUUAUUCACUGAUCUUCCACCUGAAGUCCAUGAUAAUAUAUCUCGGUAUUUGUCAGUUGUAGAUAAAACUGCACUUAGUCUGACUUGCUCUUGUCUUCAGCAAGUAUAUCGGCCUUUAUCUUUUCAGACAGUUAUUCUUUUGCCCCGCGUGAUUUGGAAUAAUCUUCACUAUCAGUUUUACGAUUUUUCUCUCUCUAAACACGCCAGAGCCAUACCCUUAGAAACUUUUCUGUUCCCUAAGCUUUAUAGUUGGUUCUGUAACCAAGCUGUUCGACAAGUUCGCUUCACCCAUUGGUAUAUGGGCAGCUCUGACCUUGUUCUUCAAGCACAAUCCGGUGACCUUCCUAGUAAGGUCUCAAAGUUUAACUCAGCUUGGUACCCGUCAUUAAGUGCUGUAAAUAUCUCUUUAAGCGCUUCAGAUUUGUUUCAUUAUACAUCCAGAACUAUAUUCACCAAAUUUUCUCAAAAAUCUACUCUAGGUCGGUUUGAAAACUAUUUCACUAUGGAAGAAGAUGAACUAGAUGAUGAUGCAUUGGAUGUUUUAAAUUUUUUUGCUGAUACAAUUGGUCCUAGAAAGCUGACCCUGCGGUCGGUCAAACCAUUAAACUCGAUAAACAUUCCAAUAAACCUUGCGGCCAUUACUAACUUUCAAAUGGACUUGUUAAAUGAUGUUAAUACAACUUCACAAGAAGGCUUCCAUAACACAAUAACAAGAUUGACAGGUGCUAAAGUUAUUCAUGUGAGAGUACACCAGGAAAGUCUUGACAUUCACCGAUUUGCUGAAGCCUUAUGCAAACUACCUAACCUUUCAGUGUUUUCGUUUUAUGUUACUCUUGGUUUUGAACCAUUGCCUAAUUUUCUUUCUGCUUUAGCAAAACUCCCCAAUAAAUUAGAGCAAUGUAUUCUUGGCAUUGAUUUUUCCUUGUGGGAGUUGAGAAAUUUUACCCAGACCAACUUUGAUAACACUCCCAAAGUUACUGUACCCCUCACACACCUAUACAGUACUAACCGCAAUAUUUUUGUUCCCACAGAUAUUUUCUUUUCCGAAGAAAUAAAACAAGCUGGCAUGGCUAAUGCUCGAAACACAAACCCAUCUCGUCUUAUGACAUUCAUCUGUUCAUUUUGGAAAUUAUUCAAACUACCUAGACUUGAGGCUGCAUCUAUUGAUGAAUACUUCCUUCCACCAAAAUCCCCACAGGACUCUGAGCCAUACCACAAAACCAUUAGCCAAAAUCUCCCUCCGGAAAAAGUCGUCUCGUAUCGAAUUCUAAGCCGCGAGCAGAGAUAUCAUAAUAUUCUUUUACAAGAAUUACCGUUGUUUACAUCAUUGAAAUCUCUUAGUAUCUCUCACAAAAUCCCUGACUCUUUUAUUAUUGAUUUUGAUACAGAUGAUGAUAGAUACUUUAACGACAAUCGACGGGAUUCUUUUCAAGCUAUUUCUUCAAAUUGUAUUGCUUCAAUUUUGGGACUUAUUUUUAGACUCAUUCAGAAUCAACGAUUUAGAGAUUUCAUUUCCACCUAUGAUAUCUCUUCUUCUCCACCUCCUCCUCCCUUUUUUGCAUUUUAUCCCAAUACUUUCCUUGAAAAUAUGUCUUAUUUUUUGGAGGGAAGUUAUGAGUCUGUUGAUGAUUACACUGCAUAUGCUUUAUAUUGGGUUAAAGUUAUUAUUUUUUCCCCUGCUUUUUUUAUUUCAGAUAUUGAGAAUUCAAGCAUUUCAGAGACUGAAGAUGAUGACAGCAUUUUUAUCAGAGGCUUGUGUUUUACUGAAGUUUUAUUUGGCCAAAUAGUCCCAAAUCUCCCUCAACUAGAGUUUUUGAAUCUUGCUACUGGUUACAAAUCUUCAGGAGCCCCAAUGAUCCUCGAUUCACCCCAGUUUCAAAAAAUGGUGAAAACAAACAAAACCAUCAAGCAAAUUAUGUUUCGUGAAUGGUUUUUACGACCUAAAACAUAUAUGGAAACCCAUAUCUAUUCUCGGUACCUAUAUAUGUGGCCUGUUUCUCGCCUUGAUAAUGCGACAAAUUUUCCUUCUGAUAUUAAUGGUCGGAUUGUUUUGGAUCUUGAAGGACUCCGCAAGGACGCUGAAAAAGCUAACAAUUCUUUUACCAAAAGGAGAAAAAAAAAGAGGUUUUAUGUUGAAAAAAAUUGUGAAUUUCGACAUGACCUGAGUAUUGGUCGGUUAUGGCUCAAGUUAUAUGGAAAUAUUUCAGUUCCUGAUUCUUACUAUUCUUAUUUCUCAGAACCUUAUUUGGAUUUUGUUAAUUUAGAAAAAUCGCCAUCUCUUAAAACUAGAUGCCCCCGUUGUCAAAAACUUUUUUCCGAAAAUUACGAUGAAUACUCAGACGAUGAAUAUUCAGAUUAUUCAGAUUACUCCGGAUAUGGAUAUUCUGAUAACGAAGAUGAUGAAAUUGACGAUGAAUUAGGCCCACUGAAUUUGGAAGAAGAUGAAGAAAGUGAUGAGACUGAUGAAGAAAGUGAGGAGACUGAUGAAGAACGUGAGGAAACUGAUGAAGAAAAUGAGGAGGCUGAUGAUGCUUCAUGGCAUUCAACAGCGGAAUCAUCGUCCUCAGAUGAAGAUCCCUGGGUAGAUGUUGAUUCCGAUGAUGAGUACAAUUCCGAUAUGUCUUCAGAUUCUCCUAUUUCCCAAAUGACUCUGGCCGAAGUGGAAGAAAAAUACCCAAUUUCUUGGUUUUGUUCCAAUUGCCAUGAUUUAAUAGAAGAUGACAGGCAUCAGACUACUUUUAAUAUUGAAAUGUAUAAUGAACGAGAUGAUGCAUAUCGAUCAUGGACCCGUGAAUGUUUUCCGGAAACCUUUUGGGGAUGGAUCUGA